CUCCCGCCGCCAUGGACCCCCGCCGGCGCGCCUGGGCGCUGCUGCUGCUGGGCCCGGCCCUGGCGCUUGCGCUGGGGGGCGCGCCCGCCCCGGAGGCGCCGGAGAAGCUGUGCGGCCACCACUUCGUGCGCGCGCUGGUGCGGGUGUGCGGGGGCCCGCGCUGGUCCCCCGGGGACAGGCGGCCCGUGGCUGGCGGCGACCGUGAGCUGCUGCAGUGGCUGGAGGGACGACAUCUCCUCCGCGGGCUGCCGGCUGACGGGGACCCCUCGCUGGCACUCGCCCCACCGCCCCCGUCUCAGGCCUCUCGCCACCGCCACCACCGCCGGGCAGCUGCCACCAACCCUGCCCACCACUGCUGCCUCAGCGGCUGCACCCGGCAGGACCUGCUGACACUCUGUCCCCACUGAGCCCUCCUGGGGCGUGGCCUCGGGGGAGCCCAGGGCCCAGAGGGGUCUGGUCUGGCGAGCUCCUGAAGCCACGCGGCACCGUAAAGCCCCACGUCCCGGGGGACACUGAUGAUUAUCUUCUAGAACAGGGAGCUCACCACCUCUCCCAGGCCACUUGUCCUCUGUGGGGCCAACUGAGGACAAAAGCCACAACCCAACCCUGGCGGGGGCACCCUCAGUUUUAUGGCGAUGCCAGACACUGAGGG